UAGCUUGCCCACAAUGGACACGCUGGACGACUUAUAAAAGCGGGUCUCUUUGUCGCUCGCUCUUUCUCUACUCUCUACACAACAAUUCGUCGAGCAGGUCUCGCACAAGCUUUCUUGCCUAGCCCACCUCCAUCGCCAGCGCUCCAAGAACCUUGCAAUGCAGAACAAGACCCUGCUGCUCGCUUUCGUCGGUCUGGCGCUCAGCCUACCGAACGGAUCCUUCGCCGGACCUGUCACUCUACAGCCCCGUGCCCCACCUGUCAUCGAAACGCUCAGCGACCUUGUCCGAGGAUCGCGAUCCGGUCUGCGCCACCGCUUCACUCCCAUGCGCUCCAGCGAAGAGAUCCACCUCGGAGAGGCGCGCCCUUUGCGUGGGGGCUACGUGCCCGGCAGUGGCAAGCGUCGAAUGAAAAAAGUGGCGCUCUAUGGCACCGGACUGGCGGUGGUCGGCACGACCACGGGUGUAGGCGCCCGUAAAAUCGUUCAGCAUGAGCGCGAGCAGAAUCGCAAGCUUGCAGCCAUACGUGCCGACCUUCAAAAGCAGCGCGCGCAGAAUGCUCUUCCCCGAAAGGCUGGACCAUCUCCAGGGACCGGAAACGGCAAACCACCAGGCCCGCCGGUCGUGCAAGACGCUUUUUCUGCUCAGUCUGUACCCUCGCCGGGGGCUGGGCAUCACAGUUUGAGUGGAACACCAGACCCAUCGGUUGUGGGACAGGAUGGACAUGCUCUUCCUGGUGAGGCUGGACCAUCGCCAGGAAGCGGGAAUGGCAAGCCACCGGGCCCGCCGGUCGUGCAGGUUGAAGAGGCACAAGAUGCAGAGACCAUGGGUCGCAAGGGAGGCAGUUCUGGUGGUAGCAUUCCUGCUCCAGCGGCAGAAAAGACUCCAAACCCACCUUAGCUUGCACGAGGGGACAAGUUACGCGAGAUGAUGACACUUUUUGACCCUUUGGAGGCCAGGCCAGGCGACGCGGAGGCAAGAAUCAGAAUGAAUGCUUUUUUUCCACCAAAUGUCUGUGAGCCUCUGGCUGCUCACGUCGGUGGCUGGUGCUCGCGAAAAGGCGUUGCCACGACACGAUCUCAUCGUGGCAAACACUCGUGACUGCGAGGGCCGAGGAGUUGGUACACACGGCGUCCAUGCG